AUGACAGCGGCUGGAGAGGCCGACGAGGUCCUCCAGGCUGCUGGCUUCGCCGUCUGUGGCGAGGACGAAGGCGCUGAGGACGAGGAUGGCAGUCUUUGCCCUCCCCCACGCGCUUCGGUGCGUGGGGGAGGGGACCCGAGACUACCAGAGCGGCUCGGACUCCGAGCCACGCCUGUGAGGCUUUGGUCGUUUGAAAAGGGCUCUGUCAGCGCAGGGGUUGGUUUUGACUGCCUCCGCGAUGUGGCAAGCAGCUUGCUUUAUGCAAGUCUGAUUUGCUCAGAGGGUGAGGAACCAGGUACCACAGAUGCAACGAUGAGCGCCAUUCGGACGCUCCUGGACUUGGCAGAGGCUUGCAGUACCUGCAAGAUCAUCAUUGGACUCAGCCCGGAACAUGCAAGCUGUGAAGGCCUGGCAUGCUCGUUCCUCCGACUCGGAUUUCAGGUCAUCUCUGUUCGAAAGUGCCCACUCUUGAACGAUGCUGCGCUGUUGCUGGAGUUUGAUUUGGGACCUCCAGCGCCUUUCCGAGGAUACCACGUGACGUCUUCGGAUUACACAUGCAGUGGGACAUCCGAGUGUUCCACAUCGGCAGAGGACCACGAUUAUCUCCAGUGCGAUGUGGAGUGCCAGGAUAGCGAUUGA